UAUACGCUCCUGUGGUCCCUGCUCUCGCUGAUCGAGUCACUCAAAAGAUCCGAGUCAAGGGAGCCGACUCACAUUGUUCGCGACUCUCCCGUGGCUCAUUUGCGCGUGGAAACUAAACGAGUACGGAAGGUCUCGGUUAGAAUGUCAGCAGGCGCCUCGGGUGGGACGUCAAACCGCUAUAAGAUCAGAACAAACACCGAGCGAGGGAGUGCACCUGUUGAAAACUCAUCACCGGGGAGAGAGAGAGAGGGGGGUCUUGAAGACACAAGAAGAAUUAAGUGUGUCACCAGAGCAUCAACCGAGUGCAUCCAGACCGCUAAGAACGUGCACACAAGGUGUAAGACACUUGUGAAAAGCAAAGAGGAGUGGGCCAGCACACCGGAGAACCAGGACAAGAUUUGCUUCACGUCAUUCUUCUCGCUGAGGUUCCCAUCAACGAGGAGCGACAGUCAAAGGGGAAAAGUCCGCGUUGCUACAAAGCUGAGAAGUAAUGAUUUGCGCAGGGAUUCAGAUACGAAGGUAGCCGCAGUACAACCCGAGUUUAAAAAGGAUUUCCUAGUCAACACGUUAAGAGCAUCAACUGGAACAACAACUGAAGAUAAGGAUGUGUCGAAAUCGCAAAAUGGUGAUCUUGUCUAUUCAUGGCCAAACCAUGCUGAGCAUGCCCUCUCCAGUCACGGAUCCUCGGACGGAAUACGGCGUGGCUUAGCCCUCUGUGCAGAAAACUGCACACAGGAACAGUCCGCAGGUUGUGAACAAGUGGCAGAACUUCGAAUCACUGAGAGUAAAAGUGUAAAGGGGCAAUCAGGAGUUAAUUACCCUCUAGAACAGAAUGCGGAAGGAACUGUUUCUCACAGUAAUCUAAUCCCUUUUAGAGAGGAUACCAGUUCAAAGGUUGACUCUGACUGUCAGGUCUGUGCAUGUUCUCCAACAGCAAUACAACGAAACUUAUCGCUGCCCUCAUUCCCUGAUUCUCGAUACGGUCAAAAUCCGAAAUCAGAUCUUGUCAGUUCCACUGCAGUGAUGUUUACUUCUACUUUAGUCUCUGUUCUUGCUCCUCAUUGGACCGGGCGCCUUAGGAGACACAAGCGAGGAUUUAGCGAUGUUGGACAAGACACUGAGCAAAAUACAAACCUCUCAGCUUCAGCUCAGAACGAACAGCAACAAAGAUUUCCACUCCAGCAGAUACAGGGAUGGGGUGAACCAGUCAGCGACUGCAGUAAUAGGCUCAGUGGAUCAACAGGAUUUAGCCGGAGCUCUGUUGAGUGGCAAAACGAAAGCUUCUCACAUCUCUCUGAAACAAAAAAACAGUUUUCGAAGACCAGUUAUUUGAGAAUGAACAGGCAUGCAGUAGACCAAACUGCAGAAUCUGGCAACUCCCUUCAUAUGUCAGUGGACUCUAGUGAGGUGGUCCCCAGGUCCUCAAUGUCCCUUCAAUUCAGUAACUACAGAAGGAAAGCACAGUCAAUGGAUCAAGGAGUGUCCUUUCCUUCACUAAGGUCUAGGCCAACAACCAGCACUUUGCUUUUGUCUUCUAGAAGGUUGAACUCAAGAAAGCCCACUCAUGAGUCCUUACAAAUGGAGAAGCAGUUGUCGACAUCCAUCAGCUCUUUAAAUACCCCUUGUAGAAGCAUAUUGAAGAUUUCCCAACCACAACACAACCUAGUCUUCCCAAACGAUCCAUCCAAAGAGACACAUUUGACAAAAAACAGGCUUGCAUCUCCUGAACAACUCUCAGUCACACACAAACUAGAACCCUCGACUUCAAAACCAGGAGAGAUGGACUCAUCAAGCAAGCAUCGCUAUAUAAUCACAGGGGAUUUUGACAUGAUCAACAGAUCACCUCCUGCUACAAAUUAUGCAAAUAGGGAAAGACUGUUUUCAAACUAUACAAGGUUACAUCAAUCAGAUAGUUUGAAAUCUGCUCAGGGUCAGAGGGGAUUUGACCCAAACUUUACUGACAAUAAACAUUUAUCAAAUAGUAAUAUCUCAGAAAAGUCUGCUUGGAUUUCCCAGAAGGAAAAUGCAAAUAGUAGAUUUGUUUUUCCACAAAUUCCCUCAAACCUGAAUUCUGAGAGACUGAUCACCAACACCUCAAUGACAAACACAAAUCUUACACCGAGCACUUAUGUACAGUCUAGCAGUAUCAACAAUAUGAUCAACUCGAACAAGACCAGCACUAUAAAUAGUCCAACUAGCCCCAGAACAAUCCAAUCAAUUACCACCAGUGGCCCAUUCAGUUUAACUCCUGUCCCCCUGACUCCAAACCAACACAACAUUCAGAACUCGUGCGGAUCAGAUGCGCUUUCAUCGAGCCCAGUUAACUCUGUACGGAUGAGAACAUUUACAGAGAGUCUUAGCAUCUCACCUCGGAAAGAUUCAACUGUAGAAGGAACGAGCCCAUCUCAAUAUUGGCCAGUUUAUCUGAACGCUAAGAAGCAGUCAGAUGAAUCAAAUCAAAGCACUUUAGAUCAGCCAAGUCCUUUAUCCCCAUCUGAGUUCAAGCCCAGAAAAGUUUGUACUCCAAGCAUCUACAAAUAUCUAAGGGAAACCAGCCCACCUAAAAGCACACAGACAUCACCAGCAUUGAGCUCUCCUAAUCCUCAAAUCUCACCUCUAAAGCAAAUGCAGGAAGAAGAUAAAAAUUCAAGGAACCUAUGCUUCACUUUUGACUUAAGCUCAGCGGAAUCACAUGAUCCUCUUUUAAAACCUGACUCCAGUUCACCACAAUCUGUACCAGACGACUCUGGCAGAAGAUCAGGGUCUCGUCUAAGUAAAUCCCCUUACUCCACCCUAAUUUCUACAAGAGCGGCAGUUAACAUCCUUUCAUCUCCACCUGUGACCCACCAGCACAGUAGAUCCCUUUCCUACAGUAGUUCACCAGUAGAUGAUAAGUCUCCAGAGAUUGCGAAAAAAUCUUAUACUUCUGUCCUCAGAGACCGACUGAGUCAAAGAAAAUCUCCAGUGAUGGAGCCAGUGGGUUCUACUGAUCUUCAGGUUACAUCUAAAACAGUUUCUUUCUGUCAAGAUGGAAUCUCAAAAAGCUCAACAGAUGCAAAGUUCUCAGACUGUCAAACUAACACUUUAAUCCCAGACACAACACACCCAAAACAGACUGACUCUGUCAUUAAAAAUAUCCCUCAUGAGGGACUUAAUGGCAUAUUUUUGUCUCAGAGUGACAAAAGAAGCACUUGUACAAAUGACAGGUUGAAUUCCAAAGAGCUUUCUUCGCCACAAGUCACGUCCCUGGUUAGUGAGGUGCCGCAAAAAGAAGAGGAACCAGAAAUCUUACAAAGAAAUGGAACAUUUGAGGCAAGUCAGGGCCCUAAUUUAAAGAGAAGCCUUUUUGCAUUAAGAAGUAAGAAAGAUAAUGUUCUGCCAUCAUCUGCAGAGGGUCUGGCUGUUAAAAAAGGUGAGAUGACAGGACCUAAAACCAUCAAGAGAGUGGACCAGUUUUUUAAUCACUUGAGACAAAGAUUUGGCGGCAAAAUUUCAGACGACAGUGACACGACAAACAAGAGAAAGACUAAAAAGGAGGAUUUAAAAGUUAAAUCUUGUGAAAGCGUUAUGAAGGAAAACCAAAGUAAUGAUCUGACAUUUACAAGACAGUCUAAACCCGAGGAGUCGUUAGACAGCAAGGCUUUUGAGAGGACUAGGAAAUUAGACCAAACGGAUUCUCACGCAAUUCGGGCACAGAAUAAAUCUGAAGAGUUUUUAAACAAUAAGGCUCUAGAAACUUCUAGACAACUAGAUCUUAUGGUUGAUCUGACCGUCAAAAGACAGACUAAACCUGCAGAGCUUUUAGACAGCAAGGCUUUUGAUAGAACUAGGAACUUAGACCACCUUGGUUAUGGGACAGUUAGGACACAGAAUAAAUCUGAAGAGGUUUUAGACAUCAGGGGUCUAGAAAAAAGUGGGAAACUAGACCAGUCUGAUGAUGUGACCGUUAGAAGAAAGACUAAAAACGAGUGGUUUAUAGACAGUAUGACUUCUGAAACCAAGCGAAAAGAACAGAGGCUUUCUGAAAGUCUAUCACCAAAAACUCCCCAAACAUCUCCCAGAUCUCCAAAUACCCAAGUCUCCUAUAUUAUAGACUUGUGCGACUCUUCUACUCCUACGUUAUCUUUCAGCCGUAAAAAACAAAACAACUCACCAAAUCUAGAUGACCACAAAAGACUAAUCGAGGAAAGCAAAAAUAGACACCUGGGUAGACCCCUUAGUCCAAACUGGCCUAAACCUGAUAAUAUCAACCGCUAUGCCACACUGCCACCAGGCAAAAGAUCCAGACUUGUCACGUCUCCAACACCUUCUCCAUUUGAAUGUUUUUCAGAAGACGAUCAAAAUGAUAACGUGUUUUUCAGCAGUGUCCUUUCGAAAAAAAAUCACACCUCUCUUGGUGAAAAUGAGAACGUGGCUCAACCAGACAACAGUUUAAAAACUGGGACGCAAAAUUCAACAGGGGGUAUUUUGUCUUCUCCUAUACGAGAAGUUGAUAUCAAGUAUGGACUGCAUCGUGGAAGAUCGGUCUCGGUUAGCAGUGUAGUUUCAGGGCGUCCCUCAGGUCCUGGGCGAAUCUCGAUGGGAUCAAGGCAAAGCAGUGUGAGUGACUUGAGCAGCUUGGACAGUUUUGUGAGCAAGAGCCAGCAUUCAAGUAUCAACAGUUCACUCAGUUCACCUGAGAAUGAUUUCACAACGUCUACUAGCCACAUGCCUUAUAAGGGACCCACAGGGCGGGGGCCAUCAGAGGGCCGACUCAGGAGCCCAGAUAACCAGGAGCCCAGUUCAUUCUCAUGGGAUAUGGAAUCAGAUCCAACACCACCUCAUUCUCCUCUGCAAACUCGGCGUAUAUCCCAAAUCUCCAGCCCAUCUUCAGCAACCUGCAGGUCCCCACCAGAGAGUUUGUCUCCUCGUGGACUUUUGCCUUCCAGGAACUACAAGUCCACGCUGUCAGUUUUUGAGGAGUCGGAUUCAGAGACCACUACUGACGGUGAAUACUAUCUCAACAGCGAUGAUGACAAUGAGAAAGAAACAGAACUUUAGUGGAUUAUAUCGUGUGCCACAAAUGACAUUUGUGUGGUCUUUGGAUGUGAAUGUUUUGUAUUUGUGCACUUUGAUCAGGUUUUUCUCAGGAACAAAAUGCAAUAGCAAUGUUAUAAUAUGUCCUGCAGUGUCGGGUAGAAAUUAUAAAAAAAACAAUCUCUAUCAAGAUCGAACUUGUGAAUGAAAUGCGAUAAAAAUCAAUAUGAAAUCAAAGCGCUGAAGCUCUUACACAUGCUCCUGUUUAAGCUUGCCCUGGCAUGGAUAAUUGCUUCAACCCAAGUGCUACAUUUGAACCCAUUUUUAGUUUGAGAUUGUUAUUGAAAUUUAAUCAUGACAAUUUAUGCACUGCAGAAACACAGGCGAUAUUCAGGUUGUGUGUUUUGUAAGAUUUGUGUAUGAAGCUUGUAUUGAUCAUUGUACAGAAUUUGAUGUUUUAUAGAGGAAAACAAGAUUUUUUUCUUUUUUUUUAGCCACAGAACAAAUAUCAUAUAUUGCUUUGCUCAACUAAGAUAAAAUAAGGUUAGGGUUGAAAAAUCUUAUCAAAAUACUUGACAUGUUUAUAACAGUAUUUUUUGCUGAGAUUUUGCUAAAGGCAAGACAUGAAGUACUAGAAGCAGAUCGGUUUUAAUUUCAAAACGUACAAUUUUUCAAAAAAGAAACGAUUCAACGAGGAAAAUGUUCAUGUUUAUUCAACUGUGCUUCUUUAUUUUGUUCAUAAUUUUGAAGUUGGAUCUAACAAUAAGCACAGCACCUACAGAAAAAUCUAUAUUUUAAUAUAAUUCAUUGCGAUAUCAACAUAUCACUUACUUCUACUGAUUUGAUUGUUCUAUGUUGGAAUGAAUAGAUCUUGAAAGAAAUUUAUAAUUUAAUAUUUAAUAAAUCAUAGAAAAAAAUAUUUUGAAGAAAACAGCAUGUGUUUAAUGCAAAUAUGACCAAACCAAUGAACAAACGAAUCCCCAUAAGUAAUUAUGUGAUUCGCUGCACAGUCAGAGAACAAUUAGAAAUUUCAGAAUUGCACAAAUUAUUUGUUUGUUAAAUUCUUUCUUGCUGCCACAUUUUUUCCCUGUGGGUGUUUUUUUUAAAGUGACUUUGAUGUGAUAAAGAAUAACUUUAUUUUUUAAAA